GAUGAGUAGGUUGUAAAACCUUCACAUAAAGACCUACAUUUACAUAUUUAGAUUUAAUAUAAUAUGUUUUGUCUAUGUUAUUUAAUUUUUCUAUAUUGUGCCUUUGUUUUAAUUAUUCAAACAGUUUCCUCUUAAGAGUUGGAAAUAUUUCUUGGCCGCGUCUGUUUUUUGUAACGGCCACUAGAUGGAAGCAUUCACUGUCUUAAGUGGAGAUGGCAGUUUGCAGAACUGCUGUCUCAUGUCUUUACACUUUGACUUUCGCUUCAUAGUGUUUAAGAUAAAUCGCAAUAACAGUCACUCAUUGUUUCGCUUGGCCAUAAUUAUAGGACGCAUUGAUCUGUCGGCUGACAGAUAACACCGGCAACUCGAUAAACUCAAUCAACUCAACCAGAUCGAUAAUUGAUGGUGAAUCGGACCGUUAAAGUUCGCGGUUAUAAUAAAAUCUUCGAGAAACCUGCAAGACAUAAAACGCAUAGCCUAAUCAUAGAGCAAUCCUCGACAGGCAGGAAUGUUAUAAGUAUCCACUCCGACGUGUCGUAUUCAACACGGAAGCAGACCUAGUGGCAGUGUCUGAUCUGUUGUCACUUCUCACCGUUAUGUAGGCUAUCCCUCCGUGUUUUGAGUGGCUGUUCGGUUUCAAUUCCAGGUCUGUACAGGUCUACCAGGUCGAGGUGUGGCUUACUGUGUGACUCAUUGUGAUUCAGGAACCAAAAAAGGUGGGCUAGACCUAUUAUCAGCUGCUCAGUGGCUGGGCCGGUUAGUUUCAGUGUCAGACGAGGAGAGGGAGGUUGUCUCAAGGGAGGGAGUGGAGAGAGAGAGAAAAUAAAGAAAGAAGGAAAAUAAAUACAUCAUGGCAGAUACUGCACCCAAAGUGGCGGUCCUCGACUUAAAAGAAUCUCAACUUUGCACCGCCUGUUCUCGGGCCACGGACCCCGACGCACCCCCGUGCCCCGUGUGCAGUGAUGCCGGGGGGGGGAGAGGUAAAGGCGGCAAGACGGAGCCAGCACCCGACCCGAAGGAGAACGGGACGGUGAUCGAAACCCCGGUGAUCGAAACCCCAGUGAUGAAGAGCAAAGGGGGGGACAGUCAGGACUCGAAGUUAAUCGAGGAGACCAAGAUGCAGGAAGACCUGCUGGUACCGGAGAACCCCGAAAAGCAAAACGAGGAACAGAGUGACGAGAAGCCACAGACCGACGAUAAACCUAAAGAAGAAGAUGGGGAAGAAGAAUUGAACCAGGGGGAUAUGGAGGAAGAACUAGCCAAAGAGGAGCCCAUCGGCCCGGAAGAUGUGGUCUGUGACUCGUGCAUCGACAGCCCUCGGCGGGCCAUGAAGUCCUGUCUCACCUGCCUGGUGUCCUACUGCGAGGCCCACCUCCGACCCCACCUGGAGAACCAGAAGUUCCACAACCACCGUCUCGUGGAGCCCCUGCGGGACAUCGAGAGACGGACGUGCGAGGGCCACAAGUGGCCCCUGGAUCUGUUCUGCCUGGCGGACAGCUGCUGCGUGUGCACGGACUGCUUCCUCGAGGAGCACAAGGGCCACAAGUCCCUGCCAGUCAGAGAGGCCCGCCGACAAAUCGAGGGCGAACUGAGGGAGAAGCAGGUCGAGAUGGUGAAGAUCGUCACGGCGGCAGAGAACGCCAUCAACAAGCUCCAGGUCAACGCUGUGACCAUCGAGAACUCAGUGAAGGAGGUUCGGGAGGUGAUAGAGAGCCAGUUUGCGGAGCUGCAGGCGGCGGUGGAGCGGGUGAAGAAGGAGGUGAUGGAGGUCCUGGAGAGCGAGGAGAAGCAGUCUCUGAAGCAGGCUGAGGGCAUCCGGGCUCACCUGGAGCAGAGGUGUGCUGAGCUCAAGAAGACCCAGGGCCAGGUGGAGAAGAUCUCCAAGAACAAAAACGAUGUGGACUUCCUACAGGAGUAUUCAGAGUGGAAGAAGGAGACGCUGGAUAUUUCGCUGCCAGGAGUCUACAUCGGUCUGAUGGAUCGGUUACAUUCGUUUAGCCGCACCAUAAAGGACUCCACGAUGGAAAUGAGCCAGAAGCUCACGUCUUCAUACAUGGAUAAGAUCAAAGAGACAUGCAAAAAUGACAAGAUGGGAAUAAAGACCACGGUUCAUGAAAUCAUCGCAUCAAAACAAAACAUUGGCAUCCCUGAUCCAAAGACGCGAGAUGACUUCCUCAAGUAUGCCAGUCCUGUGACCUUGGACGGCGACACCGCCCACAAGUUCCUACGCCUGACUGAGGAGAACCGCAAGGUGACCAACACAACGCCCUGGCAGCACCCGUACCCAGAGCUGCCCGAGCGCUUCGAGCACUGGCGCCAGGUGCUGGCCACCGAGAGCUUCUACCUGGGCCGCAAGUACUUCGAGGUGGACGCGAGCGGGGACGGCACGCACGUGGGGCUCACCUACAAGAGCAUCGACCGCAAGGGCCCGGAGAGCAACAGCUGCAUCACGGGGAACAACUUUUCCUGGUGCCUUCAGUGGAAUGGCCGCACCUACUCGGCCUGGCACAGCGACGUGGAGACCCCACUGAGCCUGGACAAGUUCACGCGCAUCGGCGUCUACCUGGACUACAGCCAAGGGCUGCUGGCGUUUUACGGCGUGUCCGACGCCAUGAGCCUCAUCCACGAGUACCGGGCGGAGUUCCUGGAGCCUCUGUAUCCGGCCUUCUGGCUGCCCAAGAAGGAGAACGUGGUGGUCUUGGUUCCACCCGGUGAGGCCUUGCCACUAAAGAGUCCUUCCCCUCAAGCCUCCCCCGCAAACAGUAUUGUUGGAUCCAAGGCCGGCGACAAUAGCGAUUAAGUGUUUGUUACUCUUUUGUGCAAUGUGAAUGGGCUUAGAAAAGCGGUGUGUUCUGUAUGUUGUAUGCUUAAGAUUGAGUUUGUAUACUUCUGGUUUCAUUUGGGGAAGUGUUUUUGACUGAUGUGCGGAGUCAAGCCAUAAUAAAAAAGCAUGUUGCUAAUGUCCUUUAGAAUUGAAAACAUGGUUCACCUCUUAAGUUGUUUUUAGCUUUUAAAAACAUUCAGGAAUACUGUUACUCCUUUGCACCACUGUGACUUUAGUUUGUUAUUGGUAAAUAAAAGAUGACCAUGGAACUGUC